UAUCUUGGAUUUGGAACACCAUCUAAUCUGGGAAAAGGCAGAAGGGCUGCAGCUGCUGCAGACCUUGCUAAUAGAAGUGGGGAAUCAAAUACUCACCAAGAUAUUGAAGAAAAAGAUCGGUUAUUACGUCACGUGGAAGCCAGAGAUCUCAUUGAAUUUGGCAUGAUUCCUGAGUUUGUGGGACGGUUGCCUGUGGUAGUUCCUUUGCAUAGCCUAGAUGAGAAAACACUUGUACAAAUUCUAACUGAGCCACGUAAUGCCGUUAUUCCUCAGUACCAGGCCUUAUUCAGCAUGGAUAAGUGUGAACUGACUGUUACUGAGGAUGCUUUGAAAGCAAUAGCCAGAUUGGCACUAGAACGAAAAACAGGUGCACGAGGCCUUCGAUCCAUAAUGGAAAAACUGUUACUAGAACCAAUGUUUGAAGUCCCUAAUUCUGAUAUUAUAUGUGUGGAGGUUGACAAAGAAGUAGUAGAAGGAAAAAAGGAACCAGGAUAUAUCCGGGCUCCAACAAAAGAAUCUUCUGAAGAGGAGUAUGAUUCUGGAGUUGAAGAAGAAGGAUGGCCUCGCCAAGCAGAUGCUGCAAACAGCUAAACUGUCAGAUUCCUGUCCUGUAUAUAAAACUUUUCCUUCUUUUGUUUAGGAUUGUAAAUGUCUCUACAGUCUGACAUUAAAGGUAUUGGAUCUAUCUUGGAUAUCAUACAUGGUCAGAAGUCUUUAGGAUAAAAAUCAGAUCGUGUAGAUUAUUGUAACAUCACUGAUUUAUACAGAGGACAUUAUGCGGACUUUAAUGACACAAUGUUUAGGGAUAAAAUGUACAUUAUUUUGGUUCAGUUUUUAAAAAAUAUGCUUCAAGAAAAUUCUUAGGAGUUCUUUUAAGCAAUUUAGGUAUGUUGCAGUAACUGUGGAUUUUACAGUAAUGUUACUCUACAAAUGGGAAAAUAAAUUCUUUAAAAUUGAAUAUUGGCAUACCAUUCUUUAGUGUUACCUUUUUUUACCCACAUUUCCUGAAAAUAAAAGAAUUUUAUUCAUCUUAAAAAUUAGACCAGGUAGUUUCCAAAUAAUUAAAAUUUUUGUGGAAAAACAAGCUGAAGAACCAUAUUUUGAUGAUUUGUUUAGCUGUAUUCUUAGUCUUAUCUGCUAAUGCAUGACACUAAUUGGUACUAUAAAAAAGGCCAUUCUCUUGCUGACUUGUCUGAUUUAUUUGCCAUCUUUGAUCCAUUUUAGUACCAUGGGUGAGUAGGUGGGAACUGAAGUCUGGCUUAAGUCUUCAGAAAAAGACUAUACAUCUAAUUCUAUAAAUAGCAUGCAGUAUUAGUCAUAGUAACAAACAUGUGCUGACCUAAAUAAAAUAUUCCAAUAUUGUGCACUUAAAGUACUGAGCUAGUUUUUUUGUUUUGAUUUUUGAUGCCGGACAUUUGUCUAAUUCUUUGGCAACAUAGAAUGUUAAAAAAAAAUCUGUUUUGCUAUCAGCCAAAGUGAAUGUGUUCAUACUAAUAUAUAAGUUAUUAGCCUUUAUUAUAUAGCAAAAAAAUAGUGGGGGGAAAUUUUUGGACUCGAAAAUUGUAUCAUUUGAUACCAUAAAUAUUGAAAUAUCCAGGUACCUUUUAAGCUUUUUUCCUUCUAAAGUGAUACAAGUUUCUAUAUUUCUCAGUUCAAUCUCAUUUGAAAUUGUUUAAAUCAAAGUACAUUUAAAUAUUGUUUUCAUUUUUUGGUUUAUAGACUCUUGAGUUUUCCUUUUACCCACUUUCUCUUAGGAAGAGAACCUUAAACUAUUAACAAAUUCUAAAUCCUAUUGAUGAAGAGUUGGACUUCCUAUGAUGUAAUAAAAGGGAUGUGAGGUACAUGUUUAUGCCUCAGAUAGGACCAGAAAUGCAGUUCUGCGGAGUGUGUAAGCCUGGUUGCUAUAGUAUGGAAUAGAAACAGGUAUCCUUCUUAGUCUCCUUAGUAAUGGUUCAAGUUCUCUCCAGGAAGUCUUUCAUAUUAUAACUUUGUUCAUUAACCUUCUUCUAUUUGUAUCAUUUUCCUUUUUGUAGAGUGGAAAUUGGAAUAGCUUCUAAAAUGAUAAAGGUUAUUUUCCAGCAAUGGACUGGGAAACACUUUAGUUAUAACUUGCAUUUGGUUUUGGAAGUUGUUAACAAAGCAUAAUUGACAUUUUUAAAUCAAACACAACUGUAUAACUACAAUUUGUAUCUUGGAACAUAUGUUUUCGCAUUUGAAUAAAAUGAAAGGACUAAAAUGAAA